AUGUUUGAUGAACACCAAGAUUCUUACAAUCAAGUUUAUUCCGAGGAAGAGCAUGAAGGACAUUUUAGUCACGAACUUCUCGCAGGUGGCGCCUCUUUCUUUGCCAUGAAGGAGUGGGAAAAAAGACAACGGUCAGAAGGAAAAGAAGUUGAUCAUGCUUUUGCUAAAGAAAUGAUUGCUGGAAUUGCUGGUGGUGAAAUUGAUAAGCUUGUUGAAACUAAGGGUCUUGAUUAUAUUGAUACUGAAAGAGCCAAGCAAGAGGCUCGAGACCAAAUUGACCGUCAUUACGAUAACACAUAUGGCAACAGUGACAAUUGGUCUCCAAAUAAUGACUCUCCUUACGCUAACUAUUAA